GAGUAGAACUGCGAGUAAGACGGAAAACCCUUCCUUAAGAGCCGCACUUGGUGAUGCGGGAGCGGGUACGCUAUCUCCAUUAUCACGAUAUACGAAAUACCUAGUAAUCUAGAUCGAAUUUCUGUGUAGCCCACCUCUGAGGCUGGGGCUGGGUAUGAGUAGGUUUGAUAUUCUAGUCAAACAGGAGCCCAGAAUCGGGAUGUUUUCAAAAUAGUACUUAAGAGAGCAUGACCUUGAUGAUAUAACAUCCAGAAGUUCUUCAUUCUUUUCAUCGACACUCGUUAUCAAAAACCUUGUUCUCCUAUUUCAAGUAACGUCGUAAGCAUGGCCGACUCCGACUCAGCAACGACCUUCGUAUUCUAUCGGUACAAACCGUCUAUGGUUGCCGCUGUCAUAUUUAUCAUCUUGUUUGCCAUAUCUACUCUGGUUCAUAUUGUGAUGCUCAUUCGAAAGAGAACCUGGUACUUUAUCCCGUUCGUCAUCGGUUGUCUCUUCGAGACGGUGGGAUAUAUAGGACGUGCUUUGUCGUCGCCUGAAUAUCCCAACUUUACUACGAAACCGUAUAUUAUCCAAUCCGUACUUCUUCUUCUCGGACCUACCCUUUACGCGGCCUCCAUCUACAUGAUUCUCGGCCGACUAGUUGUACAUCUCGAUGCCGACUCCUAUUCUUUGAUAAAGCCCAAGUGGUUGACGAAAUUCUUCGUCCUCGGCGACCUCAUAUCCUUCUUCGCUCAAGGUGGAGGUGGCGGUAUCCUUACCCAAGCUAAAUCUCUGGACGACGUGCGCCGAGGAGAAAAUAUCAUCGUGGGCGGUCUUGCCAUACAGAUUCUUUUCUUCGGCUUUUUCAUGAUCGUCACCCUCGUCUUCCACAGACGCAUCUCUGGAAGACCUACCCGGACUGCUUUAACCCUUAACACCCCUUGGCGAAAACUUAUUAUCGUCUUGUACGUUUCUAGCUCCCUCAUCAUGGUCCGGUCUAUAUAUCGUGUAGCGGAAUAUGUCAUGGGUUCGGCUGGUGAACUUCAGGCAAAGGAGGUGUACUUGUAUGUCUUGGAUGCGCUACCGAUGUUCGUCGUGGCACUUUCGUAUAACGUGUUCCACCCCAGUCGGGUCGUCGGCCGAGAAUCCAAAGAUCAAGUCAUGUCCGUCACCAGCUUGGAGGUCCUAGGCGAGACUCGUUGA